CCCUUGUUUCCUCAACCAAACAAGCCACAAAAAAACAACUUAAAAACAUUUCAUUUCAAACUUUUUUAGUUUCUUACCAAAAAACAAAAAAUGGGUGUAAACUCAAAUAGAGUGGAAGAUCUCUCAAGCCAUAAUCAUGCAUGUUUUGAAACCACAAUAAACAUCUUAAAUUCAACAACACAACUUAACCAAGCAACAACAACAACAACAAUGAUACAAUUACCAAACAAUUCCACCACUCCUACAGAGAUACACCGUGUUUGUUUGCCACCUAAAAGAAGUACACUCCAAAAACUAAAACAUAGAGUUUCAGAGAUUUUUUUCCCUGAUAACCCACUACAUAAAUUCAAGAACCAAACAUGGCUUAAGAAACUUGUGCUUAGUCUUCAGUUUUUUUUCCCUGUUUUCUUAUGGGGUCCCACUUAUAACCUCAAACUUUUGAGGUCUGAUCUUAUCUCUGGCCUCACCAUUGCUAGUCUUGCUAUCCCACAGGGAAUCAGCUAUGCAAAGCUAGCAAAUUUACCACCAAUCAUUGGAUUAUAUUCAAGCUUUGUGCCACCAUUGAUAUAUUCAAUUCUUGGGAGCUCAAAGCAUUUAGCAGUGGGUCCAGUUUCAAUUGCUUCCCUUGUGAUGGGGACUAUGCUGAGUGAAGUUGUUUCUCCUACUCAACAACCAAUUCUGUAUCUUAAGCUGGCUUUUACUUCUACCUUUUUUGCUGGUGUUUUUCAAGCUGCUCUUGGUUUUCUCAGGUUGGGAUUUGUAAUAGAUUUUCUGUCAAAAGCAACCUUAAUUGGAUUCAUGGCUGGGGCAGCAGUCAUAGUCUCAUUGCAACAACUCAAAGGUUUGCUUGGGAUGGUCCACUUCACUAACCAAAUGCAAAUCAUCCCUGUUUUAGCCUCUGUUUUGAAGUACAAAGAUGAGUGGGCAUGGCAAACAAUUUUAAUGGGCUUCUGCUUCCUUUUCUUUCUUCUUAGUGCAAGACAAAUUAGUGCCAAAAGGCCCAAGAUGUUUUGGAUAUCAGCAGCUGCACCUUUAAUAUCAGUUAUCCUCUCUACCAUCAUAGUUUUUGCUGUCAAACCUACGCCUCGCCAAAUCCCAAUUAUUGGUUACUUGCCUAAGGGCCUCAAUCCACCUUCAUCAAACAUGCUCUAUUUCCAUGGCUCUUACCUCGCUCUUGCUAUCAAAACCGGCAUUGUUAGCGGCAUUCUUGCUCUCACUGAAGGAAUAGCUGUUGGAAGAACAUUUGCAACCCUUAACAACUACCAAGUCGACGGAAACAAAGAAAUGAUGGCCAUUGGUCUCAUGAACAUGGCUGGUUCUUGCUCUUCUUGCUAUGUCACCACAGGAUCAUUUUCCAGAUCAGCUGUAAACUAUAACGCAGGAGCUCAAACCGCAGUCUCAAACAUAGUCAUGGCGUCAGCAGUGCUCAUUACUCUUUUGUUCCUCAUGCCUCUGUUCUAUUACACGCCUACUGUCAUCUUAGCUGCUAUCAUCAUCACAGCAGUCAUUGGUUUGAUUGAUUACCAAGCUGCCUUCCGAUUGUGGAAAGUUGAUAAACUUGAUUUCUUGGCUUGUGUUUGCUCCUUCUUCGGUGUCCUCUUUGUUUCAGUUCCUCUCGGACUUGCUAUUUCUGUAGGAAUAUCUGUGUUCAAGAUUCUACUUCAUGUCACAAGGCCAAACACAACCGCUCUAGGAAAUAUACCUGGGACUCAGAUUUACCAAAGCCUUGGUAGAUAUAGAGAAGCAAUGAGGAUCCCUUCGUUUCUCAUCCUCUCGGUUGAGUCUCCUAUCUACUUUGCAAACUCGACAUAUUUACAGGAGAGGGUACUAAGAUGGGUUCAAGAGGAGGAAGAGCGAGUGAAAGCUAACAGCGAGAGCAUGAUGAAAUGUGUAAUCUUAGAUAUGAGUGCGGUGACAGCUAUAGACACGAGUGGGAUCGAACUGCUAAGUGAGCUCAGGAAGAUACUCGAAAGAAGGUCACUGCAGCUUGUGCUGGCAAAUCCUGCAGGAAAUGUGAUGGAAAAACUGCAUUUUUCAAAAGCAUUAGAAUCAUUUGGUUCGCAAGGACUUUACUUGACAGUCGGAGAAGCAAUAACUGAUAUUUCCGCGUCAUGGAAAGCUCAACCUUGAACAACCUCCAAGAGGCCAUAUAUGUAGAUUUCAAAAAGAACUGGAAUCGGAUCUAGGUUAGAAACUAGCUGAGCAGAGUUGUAGCAUCGAUCAUAUAUACUAUAUCUAUAUGUAACUAAUGUAAACCAUGAAGUUCGAGGUCUUUAAAGGAGAGUUUUUGUGAUGAACUUGGUCAAAAACUAGUUGGCUAUGUCCCCUUCACAUAAAGAGCCUCAUCAAAAGAAUAAUAGGAAAAUUCCCAAAGUAUCGAGCUCUAA